GCGCUUCCGGCCGCGCGCGAGCGAGGACAGCCUAGGCGCGCAGCCGUGGAUGAGCAGGACGUGUGCAGCCCUCGCAGGGAACCAUGGCGUACCAGCUGUAUAGGAACACCACACUGGGCAACAGCCUUCAGGAGAGUCUGGAUGAGCUCAUACAGUCACAGCAAAUCACACCUCAGUUGGCCCUUCAGGUGCUACUUCAGUUUGAUAAAGCUAUAAAUUCAGCACUGGCACAGCGAGUCAGGAACAGAGUCAAUUUCAGGGGGUCUCUGAACACAUACAGGUUCUGUGACAAUGUAUGGACAUUUGUACUGAAUGACGUGGAAUUUAGGGAGGUCACCGAACUUGUGAAAGUGGAUAAAGUGAAAAUUGUAGCAUGUGAUGGAAAAAACACUGGUUCCAAUACUGCAGAAUGAAUAGACCUGUGGUUUGUCUGCAAUAUUUUCUGUUAGUAUGCAGCACUUUCUGGAGAGAAGCAUGGAAAGGGACUGAUCAUACUCAAUUCCUGUGAUGCAGAUGUGAGUUAAUCCAUACUAGAAAGCAUCACAGAAUGACAGCAGAAGAAAUACCUGUAGCAUUUCUUCAUUUCACCUUAUAGGGCAUGAAUAUAAUGUUACCUUUUUUUAAUUCCAAGAGAUACUGUUGUCUUCUUUUUUGUUCAAAAUAAUUUCUGUAAUAAACUUUUAUUUAAAAACUUUUGAAA